AUGCCCUCAACUUCCUCUCCAGUGGUGGACAUCCACACACACAUGUACCCUCCCGAGUAUGUGAAGAUACUCGAGUCUCGCUCGGAGAUUCCCCUUAUCAGGCGGUUCAAAGGCGCCAAAGACCCGCGCUACAUCAUCUUGCCCGCAGAAGCAGAAUCGCUUGACAAAAUCUCCCAGGACGAGUCGGCCAGCUUGCCCGGCCGGCCUGUGACGAGCCACUACUCGUCUCUGGCACAGAAGGUUCACUUCAUGGACACGCAUAAGAUCGACAUCUCAGUCAUCUCGCUGGCGAACCCAUGGCUCGACUUCGUGGCCGCCGACGAGGCCGGCAAGACCGCCGAAGGCGUCAACCAGGAGUUCGAAGCCAUGUGCCAACAGUAUCCGGGUCGAUUAUUCUUUUUUGCAACCCUACCGCUGACGGCGCCGCAGGAUAUUCUGCUCGCACACGUCGAUUUUGUCAAUGGGCUUAAGCACUGCCGGGGUGUGAUCCUUGGAACGUCGGGACUGGGCAAGGGACUCGAUGACCCGGCAUUGAUUCCGGUCUUCAAGGCGAUCGCGAAGGCUGGAUUGACCAUCUUCUUACAUCCGCACUAUGGCCUUCCCAGCGAGGUAUGGGGACCCCGCAGUGCAGAGUAUGGUCAUGUUUUGCCGCUAGCACUCGGCUUUCCGCUAGAGACCACCAUCGCAGUGGCUCGAAUGUACCUAGCUGGUGUCUUCGAUGAAGUGCCCGAUCUCCGUAUGCUCUUGGCACACAGCGGUGGUACACUGCCAUUCCUGGCUGGGCGUAUAGAAAGCUGUGUCGUGCAUGACGGCCAUCUCGUUCGCGAGGGCAAGGUUGGGCCUCAGAGGAGAACAGUUUGGCAAGUACUGAAGGAGCAGAUCUACCUCGAUGCGGUGAUCUACUCGGAAAUUGGGCUAAAGGCGGCCAUCGAUGCUAGCGGUGUUGAUAGGUUGAUGUUUGGUACUGAUCACCCGUUCUUCCCGCCUUUGCAGAGCGACGAACAGGGCGAGUGGGAGAGUAUGACCUGGAACAAGGAGGCAGUGGAGAAGGCGCUGGGAAGUGGAAGUGACGAAGUGAAGCAGGUCAUGGGCGGCAACGCAGCAAAAAUUUUGAGGUUGAGCGAAGAGGCAUGA